CAAGUCUGAGAAAACAGCGAGGUACAGUAUAUAAGCAGUGGCUUGGGAGGGACAGCGACCCUUGUUCUCAAGGCCUGAAUCCUGAACACAAACUCUCUCCGUCUCUCUCAGAAAGGAUGAAUUCAAAAAUUGGAGUAACGAAAUCUCGGAAGAGAGCGGAGAAUAACAAAGAAAUUAGUGGUCAUAUGCUCACUCUUCAUCACCGCCUUUACCAUGCUCUUAAUCUCGCUCCAAGGAGUUACAAUAACAGAGAACGGAAAUGGCAGUGUCCGGAUAUUGAGAUACAGAGACUCAUACUUCGCUCGACCGAUGCAUUUCUUGAUUCUAUAACUAAUGAGACCUCGCAACACCCACUUGUAAAGGAUUCAGUUGUUGAUAUGGUAGGGGCGUUAAAAGGAAUUCUUCAUUUAAGAAGUGAACCUGUUUUGUGCCUAGCAUCAACUGUGGCAGUCAAGAUGGUCAAUGCUUUACCAAGUCCAGUCAUUCAGCCUCAUGUGAUAGAAAUUGUUCAUCCCUUAUCAUCUUUGUUAAAUUGUGCCAAUGUACAAGUUUCUCUUUCCUGUGCUAUUGCAUUGAGUUUAAUCAUCUCAAACAUAAGUAUGAAAAAAGAGAGUGAAGUUUGGGAAAUCUUGAGAGAAACAAAGACAGUUACCAAUACUGUCUGUAAUAUUAAAGAAUUUUCUGGCAGGACUAAACUGGUUGAAUAUUUUCAAGAGAUGAUUCUGCUUUUGAGUAAGAUACUGUGGCGGUGGUCUUCCUCGAGGUUUUGUAUAUGGAACGAUGUUGAAUUAUUAAAUGCAUUAGAUUUGGUUAGUCUUGAGCCCAGUUUUUCUGCCAAGAUUUCUGUUCUGCAGUUGUAUUCCUCAAUAGCAUUGUGUGGUAAUGGUGCCAAAAAGUUAUUGGAAAGGAAAGCCUGUUUAGAAUUGAUGGUCCAGUCUAUGAGCAACUCGGACCUUCACUCUGUCAAGAUGGAGGGAUUUAAAUUAGCUGGAUGUUUUUCCUUAAGUGAACAAGGAUGCUUAAAAAUGUUGAAUGAGUGUUGCGAGUCUCUUGUCCGAGCCACAAUAAAUGCAAUGAGCAGUUGCAUUGAGCAUUCUGGAAAGCUUUCUAAAGACCGUAUAUCCUUAUUGAUAAAGGCAUGCCAUAUGGCCACGAUAACUCGAUGGGCAGGAGAGCAUCAUGUAUAUUUUUGGAAAUAUAGAACCCAUAGAGUUAUGCUUGAUCUCCUUUUGAACAAUUAUUACAAAAAAUAUGAACUUGAGCACCACUUGUCAAUAGCGGAACAGAUAACAAUAGCACAGGAUGGUUUAAAUGCAAGUCAUCUUCUCGUUCUCAGACCUUAUAUCUGGGAUAUUGUCGGCGGUCUUGCUUCACAUGGUACUGAUGAUCUUAUCCCAACUGCAGAAGGAGAUAAGUUUCUAGUGAAUAUGCUAAUAACAUGUGCGUGUUUAUCUUUCAUGGAGUCCAUUCGGGCGACACGUCAAAUCUGUCAAAGAGACAGUGCCACUACAUUUGUCAAUGAAGCAGCAUCUAGAGCAGUCUUGCUAAUGAUUUAUUCUCCUUGCAAACACAUUGCAUCCCAAACCAAAGCCGUACUUUGUGAGUUGCUGGGGCCAACUGGCAAGGAAGAUGUUAAGUACUUGUUAAACACCUUGAAUGCAAUGACAUCCGGAGACAGGUUCAAAGUGUCUGAUAACCUUCAAAUGACCAUAAUCUUGAUAAGUCUGGCAUCUUGUUCAGGUCUGUCAGAAUAUCAAAGGCAUAUCAUAAAAAGUCAUGGGAUAAAGACCCUGGUGAGCUUUUUGAGCUCACAGUUGAAUAGGCCCUUCCAUAUAGAACGGUCGAGUGUGGCACUACAUUUGCGCAACCUAUAUGAAAAGAAAGCUUGCUGUCAUAUUACAAACGGAUGGGAAGGCCAAGAUAUGCUUUUGCUUUUUGGGCUAUGGGCUCUAGCUGAGUUGUUGCACUGCUUAAAUCUUCAGGCAAAUAACGCAGAAUUGUCUAUGGGCCGGACAGACUAUAGUGAAUCUCAAUUAGUUAGUCAACUUAAAGUGGUAUGCAGCGGCUCUUAUGCUCCUGGACCAAGAUGGUAUGCCGCAUAUGCUCUUAGUUAUUUUGGACACUAUGGAUUCCCAAAUAAACAUGGUCCAGCUAUUAGCAAAUCACUUAUUGAUGGUGAACAUACAGAUUUAAAGCUUGUUCUUAUGAAUGAUGAGUCCGUAAGCGUACAUGCGGUCAUUCUUAUGGUCCGCUGUCGAACAUUACUGCCUCGUAGGGAACUGUCUCUUGAUGACAAAACAUCUACAUAUUGUUUAUUGGACCAUGACAAGGAAAGGUGUGAAAGGUUACCGGUUGAAGUUCGUCUAUCGGCUCAUGUGGAUAGUCAAGCAUUGUCAAAGUUGUUGGACUACAUAUAUUCAGGAUUUUUGCAAGCAGGAGAAGAUCUCGUGAAGAAAUUGAGAAUUUUUGCUAGGCACUGCCAUUUGCAUCAUCUAUUGCAAUUGUUAUGUAGAAGAAGUCCUAGAUGGGGCACCCUUCUACCUAGUUUUGAUCUUACCGCUGCUCUUGGGAAAGAUGGACGUCAGAUAUCGGACGUUAUUUUGGAAGCUAAAGUGGAAGAACUAGUACAGUGGUCAUGCGAUAUAUGCUUUUUAUCAAGGCCACAUAUUCAUGCCCACAAAGUUGUGGUAUGUUCAAGCUGUGAAUACUUGCAGGCUUUAUUUCAAUCAGGGAUGCAAGAAAGUCGUUCACAUACCAUCAAGGUUCCUGUCAGUUGGAAGGCAUUGAUGAAACUAGUUCACUGGUUCUAUUCUGGCGAGCUGCCACUUCCCAUGUCUGGCUGUUUAUGGGAUAACUUGGAUUCCGAUGAAAAGCUACAUGAAAUGGUAACUUAUUUAGAGCUUUGUUGGCUUGCUGAGUUCUGGUUGCUUCAAGAUCUUCAUGAAGAAUGCUCUAGAGUAAUCAUAUCUUGUUUGGAUUCAUCUCGAUUCUUGUCUAUAAAAAUUUUAAGGCUAGCUGCUAGCUUAAAUCAGUGGAAAUUGACUGAAGUUUCAGCUGAGUAUGUGGCACCCUUAUAUCGUCGCCUACGUAUUUCGGGUGAGCUCGAAGAACUCGAUGAAGAGCUAGUUGAUAUGGUUCGUGCUGCUUCUGUACGACUUUCUCAAAAGGAUAGUACUACUUAAUCAGUUCACUGGAGCAAGAUGAACAUCUAACUUUGAGUAAGAUAAGCAUCUGGUCUCCAUUGUGUAUCUAUAUGCAGUUGCAGCAUAUGCCUUGGACAAUAUAGAUCAAAAUACAUCUCCAAAUGUAUUAGAGGUGAAAAUUUUAUAAAAUGACACUAAAUAUAACUUUACUAUAUAUAACUAGGCCAACAUUCAA